ACGGAAGCCGCUGUAGGUCAAUUUAAGUCGGCGUGCUCAUUUGAACUGAUACGAAGCAGAAGACGGGCGGCCCAGCACUGAUUAUACAACUUUCCAAUCAAUAUUGAUGGAGUGGCAGCCAGAUGAACAGGGACUCCAGCAGGUCCUCCAGCUGCUUAAAGACUCCCAGUCGCCCAACACUGUCACACAAAGAGCAGUCCAACAAAAACUUGAACAACUCAAUCAGUUCCCCGAUUUCAACAACUAUCUCAUCUUUGUCCUCACAAGACUGAAAACUGAAGAUGAGCCGACUCGCUCUUUGAGUGGUUUGAUACUGAAGAACAAUGUUAAGGCCCACUACCAGAACUUUCCGUCAGGAGUUUCCGAUUUCAUCAAGCGGGAAUGCCUCAACAGCAUCGGCGAUCCGUCGCCGCUUAUCCGGGCCACAAUUGGCAUCCUCAUCACUACGAUUGCCUCCAAAGGAGAGCUGCAAUCAUGGCCAGAGCUGCUCCCACAGCUCUGCAACUUGCUCGACUCGGAGGAUUACAACACUUGUGAGGGCUCGUUCGGGGCAUUGCAGAAGAUCUGCGAGGACUCGUCGGAGCUGCUGGACAGCGACGCUCUGAACAGGCCCCUCAACGUUAUGAUACCUAAAUUUCUUCAGUUCUUCAAGCAUUGCAGUCCAAAGAUUAGGUCCCACGCUAUUGCCUGCGUGAACCAGUUCAUCAUCGGGAGAGCCCAGGCACUCAUGGACAACAUUGACACGUUUAUAGAGAGUCUGUUUGUGCUGGCAGCAGAUGAAGACUCCGAGGUCCGUAAGAACGUGUGCCGAGCGCUGGUCAUGUUGCUGGAAGUCCGGAUCGACCGUCUAAUCCCCCACAUGCACAGCAUCAUUCAGUAUAUGCUGCAGCGGACUCAGGAUCCUGAUGAGAACGUGGCUCUGGAAGCCUGCGAGUUCUGGUUGACUCUAGCAGAGCAACCCAUUUGUAAGGAGGCGCUGUCUGGACAUCUGGUGCAACUGAUCCCUGUUCUAGUAAACGGAAUGAAGUAUUCAGAGAUCGACAUCAUACUAUUGAAGGGAGACGUGGAGGAAGACGAGGCGGUGCCGGACAGCGAGCAGGACAUCAAGCCCCGCUUCCACAAGUCGCGCACUGUCACCUUGCAGCACGAAGGAGGGGAGGGCGAAGAGGACGAAGACAUCGAAGAUGAGGAUGAUGAUGACGACGACGAUGCGCUGACUGACUGGAACCUGCGAAAGUGUUCAGCUGCAGCUCUCGACGUUCUGGCCAACGUGUUCCGUGACGAGCUGCUGCCCCACCUUCUGCCGCUUCUGAAAGGGUUGCUCUUCCACCCGGACUGGGUCAUCAAGGAGUCUGGCAUCCUGGUGCUUGGAGCCAUAGCUGAAGGUUGCAUGCAGGGCAUGGUGCCCUACCUGCCUGAGCUCAUCCCUCACCUCAUCCAGAGUCUGAGCGACAAGAAGGCCCUGGUGCGCUCCAUCGCCUGCUGGACCUUGAGUCGCUACGCGCAUUGGGUGGUCUCCCAGCCCCCAGACUCCUACCUCAAGCCCCUCAUGACGGAGCUCCUGAAACGCAUCUUGGACAGCAACAAGAGGGUGCAGGAGGCCGCCUGCAGCUCCUUUGCCACCCUGGAGGAGGAGGCGUGCACAGAACUGGUCCCCUACCUGAGCUUCAUCCUGGACACGCUGGUGUUUGCCUUCGGAAAGUACCAGCACAAGAAUCUCCUCAUCCUCUACGAUGCUAUCGGGACUUUGGCAGAUUCAGUGGGUCACCAUCUUAAUCAACCUGAGUACAUUCAGAAGCUGAUGCCCCCUUUAAUAGCAAAGUGGAAUCAGCUAAAAGAUGAAGACAAGGAUCUUUUCCCAUUAUUAGAGUGUCUGUCGUCCGUAGCAACAGCGCUGCAGAGCGGCUUCCUGCCGUAUUGCGAGCCUGUUUAUCAGCGCUGCGUCACGUUGGUCCAGAAGACGCUUGCUCAGGCCAUGAUGUACAACCAGCAUCCUGACCAGUACGAGGCUCCAGACAAGGAUUUUAUGAUCGUGGCCUUGGAUCUGCUGAGUGGGCUUGCCGAGGGGCUCGGUGGCCACGUGGAGCAGCUAGUGGCUCGAUCGAAUAUAAUGACCCUUCUUUUUCAGUGCAUGCAGGACACCAUGCCUGAAGUGAGGCAAAGCUCCUUCGCCCUGCUGGGGGAUCUAACCAAGGCGUGCUUCCUCCAUGUGAAGCCCUGCAUUGCUGAGUUUAUGCCCAUCCUGGGGCUCAACCUGAACCCAGAGUUUAUCUCUGUGUGUAACAACGCCACCUGGGCCAUCGGGGAGAUCUCUAUGCAAAUGGGUGCAGAGAUGCAGCCUUACGUCGGCAUGGUCCUCCCUCAUCUGGUGGAGAUCAUCAACAGACCCAACACACCCAAAACUCUGCUGGAAAACACAGCCAUUACGAUCGGCAGACUCGGGUUCGUCUGCCCUCAGGAAGUGGCCCCACAGCUGCAGCAUUUCAUCAGACCCUGGUGCACGUCAUUGAGAAAUAUUAGAGAUAACGAGGAGAAGGACUCGGCUUUUCGGGGAAUCUGCGUUAUGAUUGGUGUCAAUCCUGCAGGAGUUGUACAGGACUUUAUUUUCUUCUGUGACGCUGUGGCUUCAUGGGUCAACCCAAAGGACGACCUGCGAGAUAUGUUUUAUAAGAUCCUGCAUGGCUUCAAGGACCAGGUGGGGGAAGAGAACUGGCAGCAGUUCUCUGAGCAGUUCCCCCCUCUGUUGAAAGAGCGACUAUCGGCCUGCUACGGUGUCUAAUCCAACCCUUGUUCCACUGACCUGUCAAGUUCAUGAAGGGGAGGGUAACAGGGGAACUCAUUGCACUGCCCAAAUCAUGGGGAGAAAGUGGAGCUGGAGGGAUGCGACUGGCCCCGAUCCUCCAGUCUGCGGAUGGCCUCCUUUUCCCCUGCGCCCUGUUUGUCUCUGAGGGAGGGUGGGAUGAGGGCGGUAGCUGAGGGAGGGUAAACCAGGGAUAUAUGUAUACCUCUCGUAAUAAAUGCCUCACUGCUAGAAACUCAAAAGUGACUUUCGCCAACCGCAAUCCAGGGAUCUUCAGGGAGGUGAGGGCAACACAGCGGGAUUGGGGUGGGGGGUGGGGGCAGAGUUCAGACCCUCCCCCCCUCCGUCUUCACGAUUGGAUUGUUCAUACAAGUUAGUGACGUCUGGAAGGGGAGGGGGGUGGGCAGAUAGGUACCAAAAGUAAUUAUCCGAACCAGCAAAUACUACAAAGCAUGUAGUUACGCUCACAUGUAGCUGUUAAAACAGAAAACGGAUGCUUUUACUUUGUAACGAUGUGCACAGAACCUUUGCACCUUUUCCAAGAGAAUUGCAUACACCUUUCUAUAUGCACACUCACACAAACGCGCAUCUCUGUUCAUAUGUACAUUUCCGUCUGAUCCGUAGAUUUCCUUUCUAAGUGUAGGACUUUAUUUCUUUCCCGUCAACAGAAGCAGUUAAGGUUUACGUCAACCCAGUUCCAACAUACUAUAAUCCACAUAACCUAGGCUUUAAGUUGCAUGUUCACGUGAAUGUCUCGUUUAUUUGUAGCAUUAAUCGUCAGUUUUCGGGCCGUCUGCCGCUUUGGUUCAUGUGUCCCCCUCCGAUCAUUCUAAUCAUCGCCCCCUAUAGUUUUAACCGAGGUUGUUUGCGUUAAGACCAGCUAUAGAUGGAUUCAGGAAAUAAAUUCAUGUUUGAUGCAUCAAGAUUGCUAAUACUGUAAGCAGAUCAAGAAUCGUAUUCGCUGCUGUGGCUUUGUUAGUAUAUUUAAAGAAACGGACUCGCUGAGAGAAAUCACCAAGAAUGAGUUUCUACUGGUAUAAAUGCACUUUUUUUUUAUUUUUUAUUCCUGUUCCGAUGAAAUAUAAUUUCUAUUGUAAGACGUACAGUGAUAAUAUGCUGAAGUUGUUAGCUUCUCUGGAUAAGUGACUUUUAGGACUGCUGUAAGCAAAAUGAUAAAGUUAAGAGUAAGACUUAAGCGAGGCCAUAGAUUCGUAACUCCUAAACGGGGAUGAAUAGGAUCAUAGGAAGAAGGCACUGCACCCAUUAAUGCAUCGGAAAGGGUUUCUGCCUCUCUUCAAACUUCAGGGUUAGAGAUGCACUGUGAUCCGAUUUUAGUGGCCAAUUUCCGAUCUCGAUUUUGUUUUUUUUUUUUUUUUUUUAAUCUUUGAGCCACCAGUACUAGUUUUAGCCGAUUCUGAUUUCGGGUUUAAAACCCAUUAAUGCAAAG